AUGCUGGGCAGGGUGCGCACGGCGGUGGCGCAGCUGGUGGGGGGCCCGGGCCCCGCGCCCGCCGCGCAGCCCCCGCGGGACUCGCCUGCGCCGCCCCGGGUCCCGCCCGGCCCCAGCGCCUGCCGGGGGCCGCCCGCGGGCGGCGGCUUCUCCAGACCGGCCUUCCUGCAGCUCGGCGCCGAGGAGCUGCGGCGGGCGGGCGAUCACGCGGGCAGAGCCGUGCAGAGCCCCCGGGAGACCCGCGGCCGCCUGCCCUGGAGCACCGGCUACGCCGAGGUGAUAAAUGCUGGGAAGAGCCAGCACAAUGAGGAUCAAGCCUGCUGUGAGGUGGUGCUGGUGGACAGGCGAUGCAGUCCGAGGUGUAACCCAGCUCCCAAGGGAUGCACAGGGGAAGCGGAGGGGGGCAGGGGGGGCCUUUGCUUCCACUACUGGGGCUUGUUUGACGGCCACGCUGGCAGUGGUGCUGCUGUCAUGGCAUCCAAGCUGCUUCACCUUCACAUCUCCGACCAGCUCAGGGACCUGGUGGAUAUCCUACAGGACUCUUCCCCUCCCCCACUCUGCCUUCCGAGCGAUUCCCGGGUGCUCCCGGCUGAGCGGAACCGGGCCCCCCUUGCAGAAGCAGAUGCAGAGCUCCCCAACGAUGCCCUGCCCCGAUUCCACCUGGAGAAGGCAGUCUCUUGUGAAAGCCUGGUGAUUGGCGCGAUCGAGAACGCCUUCAAGCGGAUGGAUGAGCAGAUUGAGCGGGAGCAGACGACCCGGCUCGUGGCGGGAGGCUGCUGCGUCCUAGCUGUGGUUUACCUCCUGGGGAAAGUCUACGUGGCAAACGCAGGUGACAGUAGGGCCAUUAUCAUCCGUAACGGGGAAAUCAUCCCAAUGUCCAGGGAAUUUACUCCCGAAACAGAGAGGCAGAGGCUACAGGUUUUAGGGUUUUUGAGACCUGAGCUGCUGGGGAAUGAGUUCACGCACCUCGAGUUUCCACGGAGAAUUCAGCACAAGGAGCUGGGGAAGAAGAUGCUGUACAGAGACCAGAACAUGAACGGCUGGGCCUAUAAAAGGAUAGAAGAGGAUGACCUGAAGUUUCCGCUUAUCUACGGAGAAGGUAAAAAGGCACGGGUGAUGGCGACAAUUGGGGUCACGCGGGGCUUAGGAGACCACGACCUCAAGGUGUACAACUCCAAUAUCUACAUCAAGCCUUUCCUCUCCUGUGUCCCUGAGGUCAGAGUUUAUGACCUGACGCAGUAUGAACACUGCCCUGACGACGUGCUGGUCCUGGCCACCGAUGGGCUCUGGGACGUGACCAGUGACCGGGAGGUGGCUGACGUGGUCACGGAAGUGCUGAUGGGCUAUGAGCCGAACGAUCCCUGCAGGUACACCAUGGCGGCCUGUGGGCUGGUGGUGAGGUCCAGGGGGGCGCUGAAGGAGCGAGGCUGGCGGCUGGCCGACGACAAGCUGGGUUCUGGAGACGACAUCUCUGUCUUCGUGAUUCCCCUGGGCGGCCCCGGCAAUUACACGCGCUGAAGGAGCGAGGCUGGCGGCUGGCCGACGACGAGCUGGGUUCUGGAGACGACAUCUCUGUCUUCGUGAUUCCCCUGGGCGGCCCCGGCAAUUACACGCGCUGAAGGAGCGAGGCUGGCGGCUGGCCGACGACGAGCUGGGUUCUGGAGACGACAUCUCUGUCUUCGUGAUUCCCCUGGGCGGCCCCGGCAAUUACACAUGAGGCCAAGCUGCCCCGGGGCACGGCACUGCUACAGUCGGCGUGGGACCGGGACCUGGGGUGGGGGGCACAGGGGCUGCCUGACCAGCUUCCUGCCUCUCCUACAAGAGGAGUAAGAAACCCUGAAACCCCAGGCUCCCCCCCCCCUGCCCCCCUCUCCGCCUGCUGCUUCCCUGCCACUGGGCAGAGCCUAGAGCCGUAGCAGCUAGUGAUAGAAAAGCCAUCUGGGGCCCUCGGGGUGGGGAGAUCAAGGCAGGACUGUUUUGAUGCCAGCACCCAUAGCCAACCCUACCUGACCUGGUCCCUGCGAGAGGACUCCGCGCUCAAAGUGUCCUCUGCAGGGAUGGGAGAGAGCCCCCAGGACUGUGGUGGCUGGUUCUCGUAAUGUGAGAAUGGUGUGGAUUAGCGGGAGGAGCAUACCCGGGGGAGUGCGUGCUGCCCGCUGCAAACCCUUCUUUCUCCCGCCUCGAGAUCCGCACCAUUGCGUCCCAGCUGCUGCUCCCACGUGCCCGUGUCCAGUCCUAGUGCCUAAUCGCCUGCCAGAGAGAGCACUGGGAUGGAGCCAUGCUGCGGGGGCUGUGGCUGAGCACCCUUGCCAUCUGGCCGGUCAUGCAGCCUUCAGUCCCUUACUGUGUCUUAGUUUCAGCUUUGUAACCAGGAGCAGGCGCCCAGUUACCAUGGUGAUGGGCACUAUAUAAAUACUUGGAAAUAUAUGUAAGCGGGCCUCCCCUGAGCUGGUACUGCCCCUGCUAGUCCUCUGCACCUUCCACCAGAGCUGCUUUAGCACCCUGGGCCAGUGUUGAGUUCCCAGAUGCCAAGGCAGGGGAUCGGCCCAAUUAUUGUUAAUUGAAGAGCUGGUCUGAAAAUUUCCAAAUUCAAAUUUAAAUGAAAACCACUUGGAUGAAAUGUCCACAAAACUUUCAUCCCAUUUUCCCACCAGCUGUAAUGAAUUUGGUGCUUAGUUCUAUUCAAAAUACAGACCAGGCCUGCCCCAAAGACCUUGCAAUUUAAAUAUGCUGCAUCCAUGUGCUUAGCUGAGAGCCAAGGAUAAUUAAUAAGCUGUGUGUUUCUCUAAAAAAAGCAAAUCACCUUCUUUCCUGUAUUAAUCUCAGAGCCGUGACCAGCUCUAUUCUGAUUGGAGCUGGGGCUCUGCCCUGCCCUGCGGAAUGCUUGAUUUAGUAAAAGCAACACGUUCUGCAAACCUCUGAUCUGGGACAUGAAUUUUCUGGGUCUCCUCAGAGUGUGAUGAAGGGGUGUAUCUAUAAAAGGCUGUCCCAGGGUAAAAAUGGGGCAAAUUCCCUCUGUUUCUGAAGCACACUUUGACUUUGACUAUUUCUCGUGUCCUGCUGCUGCCAGGAGCACCAAGCACUAUCGUGAUGUGUCACCUUCUGAUGAACGUUGUUUGUAACUCGUAAUUUGUGAAAUGUAAAUAAACUGGGUACACCUAGUUGGAACUAAAAGGCAUCCAGGGAGUGUUUAAUCUAUUGACGUUUCUGUGCUGGAAGGAGAUCGUUAGAUCGCCCUGUAUAGACCUGUGUUUUUAAAUAAAGAAUGCCACCAGGAA